AUGAUUCGCGUCCAUGCGAUUGUAGCUGUACUGAAGGCUGCAAGAGUUUGGGAGGAGAUGCAGGGAACAUCGCAUAGGAGAGAAUAAUUCAUAAUGAUCAUAAUUUACCCAUAGAAAACUCAAGUAAGAAGAGGUAAAUGGAAAGCGAAAUGUACUAAAUGCGUUUUGAAAUCAUGAACGCCGCAGGCAAGGUGAGAUUAUGCGCGUCACUUUUCAUGUGGCUUGGAAUAGUUACCUGGAUUGGAAAUAUGAAGUUGCAUCUUUGGUUCGUAUUUGUCCAGCAAUCUACUGAACGGGACGUUGUACUUUCUGUUGCAAACGAGCAGGUAAAUAUUUCUAAAAGACACGCGCCGGUGAACGCAGGAUGGAGCGAUGGAAAAACUUUUAGUAUUCUGGAAAACGCGAUCGAGCACCGGGUCUUCUGGAGCGCGUGGCUGGAUGGUCUCUCCACUCGUGUUUUUGACGUGGAGCACGAGAGGAAGUGGAGAGAGCAGGUCCGGGACGCUCGGGUGGUUGUGCUGGAAGCGGGGUGCGGCAGACCCACAAACCGUCUAGCGACCUUCGCCGACGGCACGAGAGCAUGCGUGCGAUACGGCAUCGACGCGGAUCAAGUGCUGGGAGAAACGCUCUCGUAUUAUCUAGCGGAACUGCUUGGGAUUUCCAACCUUCCGCCUUUGGCGCUUUCCAAACUGAACUUGUCCAGCGAGCAGUGGGCAAGUGUGCGAGGAGAUAUCGAGGCGUUAGAGUGGUCGCCAAAUGCCAUUGUUUCUCUCACUGAGUUUAUCCCAAAUGUCACUGGAGUGUUUAUUCCAUUGCAUUUGCGGAAACAGCAAGGAGCAAGUCUGCAACUCUCUGCUGAGAAUGUAUCCAACGUGACGGUAACGUAUCUGGUUGAGCUAAUGCAAUGGAGUGAUCUAGUCAUAUUUGAUUAUUUAACAGCCAACUUUGAUCGAAUUGUCAGUCACAUUUUCAGUCUUCAGUGGGACGCGCGCGUGAUGGAGAGGACCACUAAUAACCUUCUCAAAACAAUCAACGGACAUUUGCUUUUUAUUGAUAACGAGGCAGGGCUUGUUCACGGAUACAGAGUGCUUGACUUGUGGGAACGAUAUCACCGGCUACUGCUGGGUUCGUCGUGUAUUUUUCGCAGAAGUUCAGUCCGGCGUAUUUCUGAGUUGAAGCGCUCCGGAAACAGCGGGAAGCUGCUGUGUGAACUGUACCUCGCGAGGGAACCGUUGGCGCGCGAGCUGGGCUGCCUGUCUGAAGAGCACGCGCUUACGUUGCAGAACAGGAUUGAUGUGGUUUACAAACACAUUAAGCAGUGCGCAGAAAUCAUGUAGACAUUUGCGAGUUAAGGUUUUUCUGUUUGUAGGUGCUAAAAAUACAUUGCUGUCUGUACUGUUAUCGUGUCAUUCCAAUGUGAAUUUUAAUGCUUAGCAGAAUUAAUGAAUAACGUGGCAGAAUAGGGAUUAUUAUAAUAACAAUUAUUGUUUAGUCUAUGGGUCGAAACAUUCCCCCUAUCCUGCUGAAAAAUAAAUAAGUAAAUAAGAUCAUAAA